GCGGUUACACUUUUCCGGUUACAGAACUUUGUAAUACUUCGAAGUAUUAACGUUACAAGAAAGAACCCCAAUGAGAAUUCCAGACGCGGGUUACUGACGCUGGUUACUUGGUCGAGGUUGAAUUCCGUUUUCGGCUGGCCUGUUCGUAGAGCUGCACAUGCGCCUUCGCCUCGUUCACGGGCCAUUCUUGACUUAACGGGCGCAGCGAAAGCCGAAGGAGGCUGCGGAUGCUGGCAAAGUCAUGGCAAUGGAAAUGGAUGUAGAACGAGUCGACGUCGAACAGAACGUUCAAAAACAACUUUGGAAUGUCGUGCAACUUGAACAAGUACGUGUGGUCCACCACGACGUAGCCAAGGUGCCACGCCCACUCAACCGGGACAUACAUCGACCCGUCCGGCGCCACCACCCGCUUGGAAAAGGACGACCCCAAGCCAAAGACGUCGACGGAAGUGGAACGCUCUUCCAAGAUGAACGCUGUUCCCGAGUCCUGUGGCUGGAUGCGUUGCGACUGCCAUUGCGAUGACACACAGCGCAAGCCCACCGCAAGCACGAGUUGACCCGCCAGGAGCAUCGAAGUGGACCACAUGUAUGCGCUGACUUCGUUUAAGAAAAACCGAAUAUCCAUUGACUUCAAAGAGUGAUACAUCCACACGUCCAAGUGGCCAGGGUGGGACGGAAUCAAGCUGUCCAUGUUGGUCGACUGGACAAACUCCUGACUAAACGUCGGGUUGAGACCCCAUACUUCCCCGUUGAACAGCGUCAAAUUCGCGUCAAAGGCGACGGUCACGACCACGACCACGGUUAAGCUAAAGCAGAUGCGCAAGCGCUUGGCCAUGACGUGGCAAAUUACAACCACCCAGCUCACAAGCAGGCACCGAAUAUGCGCUGGAGGGGGGAUCACGGCGCGAUUCGCCUUCGUUCGCAGCUUCGCCGACACAUCGCUCCAUUCGUAGAGCCCCCAUCCCCGAUCCAAGAGGCAGCUGCCGAUACUGAGGCAGGCAUGCACGAUCAGGACAGAUGUGACCUGAUGGGCAAUGUCCGGUAGGGUAUGCACCAAUCCCACAUGUCUACGGUAGUUGGUGCUGCCUACCGCGACGACGGCAGCACUGACGAGCAGAAACGUAACCCUGGCGCAAAGGUACACGGUCACGAUGAAAUACCCCCAUGCGUAUGCGUUCUUGGAGUUGGGGACGCCCAGGAAUUGCUGAGACGCCAGAUUCACGACUGCGUCCGACGGAAUGUUAAAGCAGUACGAGUAAUACCACCCAAACACAGUGUCGGCUUGGACGUACGCGCCGUCGGUGCCCAUGAGCGUCACAUCCUCGAACGAGCCAUCGGGGCGAGGAAUGCGUGCCACAAACUUGGACGUCUCCGUGAUGGCGUCGAUGUACAUGGGUUGGAAGGGCACCCCGAGCACGAACGGGGCCCCGAUGGCGACCACCGCCCGCACGUCGAGGGUUUGGUUCAACGGACGAGCGAAGGCGUGUGUUCCUGGGACUUGCAUGAUCAGGGGCACUGGUUUGAUGGAAGCAAAUGUGACGUUGACGACAAAGACUGGCAGCGCAAUCGUCGAUUCCCGCAGCAGCGGUCGCUGCAGAAUCAGGGCUUCGGUCGUCAUGGUCAGAAUGUACGUGAGCGAUGGAUCCACCACAUGCGCCCGGAACGUGGACGAGUCUUGCGUUAAAAUGGCGUCGAACGAGCAGUCGAUGAGCACCACGACGUCGUCGCGGGGCAAGUUUGAGGCCCCCUCUAGCCCCUGAAGCACCCGACCGACAAAGUCGAGAAUGGCCGACGGGGUGUGAAUCUCCCCCAACGUUCCAUCCACGGCACACGCCGUGGUCGAAAACGCAUACGUGGCGUCGCCAGAGAUCGCUGGUACGAGGUACACGACCGCAGUGGGAAAUGUAACAUCGGUCAGUAUGGCGAGGCGGAGGUCGGCUGCGACACUGAUUGGCGAUUGCUUGACAUCGUGGACCAUGGCCAGCAUGUACGGACUUUCGUACUGGGCGUACACCGUCUUGGUGCCGUCGAUGCCGUAGUGUGUCCCUACGAGGGACUGCAACGACGAAGUGCAUCCGGAAAUGUACACGUACAGGACGAGAAUGCCCGUGGCAAACGAGAACACUGCGUGCAGCGAUGAGAACCAACUUCGUCUGGGGCAUUCAAACGACGGGAGAGUUGCAGGCGAUGGAGUUCGCGGCAGUGCUGCUGUCUCCUUGGCUGUGACUACGCGAACGGCCCAGUGGGAGUCGAAGGAUUGCAUGCAAGUGGAGGCGAAAGGGAUGAUGAUGGAUUGUCUUUUCGUUCUAAAUAGGGC